GGUAGUCGAGUUUCCCCAUUGCGAGUUUUUAAUUUGCUUGUAGAAACUCGGUUUAAACUGACGGGGAGUUUACAUCUCAAUUUUGUAAUUUAACAUUCUUUACCAAUUGCAAAAAAGAUGCACGUAUUGAUGGAAUCAAACGAACUUUAGCGGUUAACCUGUUUUAAUCUUCGUCAGGUAUCUAUUAAUUCACUAUAUAACAAAGUUAUGUUAAACGUGUCUUUCGUUUUAAAAUCGUACUUUUGAAGUAAACCGCCAGUUUGAAAAUUGCGUAACGCGCACCAACUCUUCUGUUCUGAACAGGAACGAAAUUGAAGCUUUCAACCACAACCACUAUGGAAUCUUCCCCUUCUGAUUCUCCGCACGAGGUUCUGCAGAGGGUGGCAGCAGAGCUGGGUUGCACUCCAACUUCGCGGAAUGUGGCCUUGUAUCUGGACAAACGGGACCCAUUGCAACAUCUGCGCACACAGUUUUUGGUCCCCAGAGUUGGUGACCUGCCCCCCACCGACCUCACGCUGGUGGAAGGCACGGAGGACUGCAUUUACUUUGUGGGAAACUCACUCGGACUGCAGCCAAAAUCCGCCAGAAAGUAUAUCGACGAGGAGCUGGACAAAUGGGCCAAAACGGGGGUCCAUGGACACAUGGAAGGCCACCGGCCGUGGGCCUAUGCAGAGAAUACAAUCGAGGAUGUUAUGGCAAACGUUGUCGGUGCCAAGCCUGAAGAGGUUGCCAUAAUGAACGGAUUAACAGUUAAUUUGCAUCUGUUGCUGCUGUCUUUCUACAGGCCGACGGAGAAACGUCACAAAAUCCUGAUCGAGGACAAGGCCUUUCCGUCUGACCACUACGCCGUUGAGUCCCAGAUCCGGCUGCGUGGGUUCGACCCCCAGCAGAGCUUGCUGCUAAUGAAAUCCAGAGCGGGGGAGGAGACUCUUCGGACGGAGGACAUCCUGGCCAUGAUCGAGAAGGAAGGAGAGUCCAUCGCCGUGGUCCUGUUCAGCGGCGUUCAGUACUACACCGGGCAACUUUUCAACAUGGCCGCCAUCACCACUGCUGGCCAGAGCAAGGGCUGCUUUGUGGGGUUCGACUGCGCGCACGCGGUCGGUAACGCCGAGCUCCGGCUGCACGACUGGGGGGUGGACUUCGCCUGUUGGUGUUCCUAUAAGUAUUUAAAUUCUGGGGCCGGGGGAUUGGCCGGGGCCUUCAUCCAUGAAAAACAUGCCCACACAGUCAAAUCAGCGUUGUGGGGCUGGUGGGGUCACGACUUGAAGACGAGAUUCGUCAUGAACAACGUAAUGGAUCUACUCCCAGGAAUAAGUGGAUUCAGGCUCUCAAACCAGCCUAUUCUACUGGUGUGCACCCUGCAGGCAAGUUUAGAGGUCUUCAACCAGACCAGCAUGCAGGCCCUGAGGAAGAAGUCGAAGCUCCUGACGGGCUACCUGGAGUACCUCAUCAAGCACUACUACACUCCGGACGAGGCCCACCCCGGCAAGCCCUACGUGCGCAUCAUCACCCCGGCCGACCCCGAGGAACGCGGCUGCCAGCUGUCUCUGUCCUUCUCCGUGCCCAUCCGCUCCGUCUUCAAAGAGCUGGAGAAGAGGGGCGUCGCCUGCGACAUGAGAGAGCCGAACAUCUUGAGGGUCGCGCCCGUGCCGCUCUACAACUCCUUCAGCGACGUGCAUCGCUUCGUCCACCUGCUGGGGUCAGCGCUCGAAGCCAGCAGCGACCUCCCGCUCAGCGCGUGACUGCGACCGACCGGCGGGCGAGCACCCGGGGACCUCCGUUUACCGUGACCAAUGUAGCCAGCUUCCAGGUCACGGUCCUGUGACACAUUUCGGAAAACCUUAGGUGGAAUGAAGCUGCUCCCUACUCACAUUUUUCAGAUGCACUCUGCAAUGCAAGUCCCGCAGUUGCACAGAUUCUGUUGAUAUCCCUGACUGGUGUCUGCAUUGCAAUCCCUUCCACCUACGCUAUAUGACCAAAGGUAUCUGGACAGCCCUUGGAUGGGGGCUGUUUUUCAUGAUUUGGGCUAAGCCACUUAGUUCUGGUGAAGGCACAUCUUAAUGCAAUAGCAUAGUCACAUUCUAGAUGAUUCUGUGCUUCCCCAACAGUUUGGGGAAGGCCCUUUUGCUGUUGACAUGACAAUACUCCCAGGCACACUGCAAGGUCCAAACAAAAAUGGAUUUGUCAAGAACAGUGGGGAAGAACUUGACUGGCCUGCACAGGACCUUGACCUCAACUCCAUCAAACACCUUUGGGAUCAGUUGGAAAGCCAACUGCAAGCCAGGUCUAAUUGCCCAAUCAAUGACUGACCUCACUAAUGCUCUUCUGGUUGAAUGGAAGCAAAUCCCUGUAGCAAUGCUCUAAUACCAAGCCUUCCCAGAAAAGUGGGAACGCCCAUAAUUUUGGAUGAGAUGAUUUCAGGUGCCCGCAUACUUUUGGCCAUGUAGUGUAUUUGUGAAAUGAGUGUGACUUGGCUUUAAACCAGUGCAAUUUUCAUCAACCUUACAUGAAAAAGGGGGAAAAUGCUGUGUUUGUGUCUUCAGUCACAAACUACAGGAUGACUUUUUAUUUUAUUCAGUAAUUCAAUCAAGUCUCAUCUUUGGGGAAUUAUAUAAUAAAAACAAUUUCUCAGUGUCUGAUCAAGGUCCUAAAAACAUUGUAAGUGAAGUGAAUAGAUAUCGAAAGCUUGUGCCAUUCAUGAUGGGACAGAUCUUUGUUGCGACAGGUUUUUAUUCUGAGGGAGCAAAUGUGCAGGUUCACAGUGCCAACUGCCAAAGUUCCCAUAGCAGUGUAGAGUGGCGUGGGAUGGUUUCUCUUUUCACCCAAAUGCACAUCAUCUGUCCAAAGAAUAAAAUAAAUCACUUUGAAGCUGUCUUUUUGGGUGGAUAGAUUGUUUAUGAUUUCUUCAUAUGUGUUUUAGUUCAGGGUUGGAGUGUGAUUGGUCUCCAUGAUUACAUGCUGUGACACUACAGUUCCACAGGGAGCUAUGGAGUUAUAUUUUACCAGACAUGCACAAAAAUGACCACAACAAAAAUGCACACCCUGGCUGAUGUUCAGAAUUCAAAGAGGAGGAUUGUGACAGAUUGGUGCAUCGCCCAAGGCAUACCGGUUGCUUUGCCUUGGAGAAUUGUGGACCUGCAAGCCAACUCAGGCUCUGUAAGCACAGCUCUAAAAUUCCCCACUGCAGUGUGCUGUUUAAAUUUAAGAUGUUUCAGCAAGGCUGUUGGUGCAAACAGACAGGUGAAGCAUACAGAAGAACUGCACAUGGAAUGAAUGUGUUUUGUGAAGGGCAUCCCAUCAAAAGCCAGCCCUAAGCGUUUAGCAUUCAGCAGCACUAGCCCAGAGCUAACCAUUUAUGUCCGCUUAAAACCGAAACCAAGCAGAGCUGAUAUGCUUUCUUUACAAGUUACAUGCUGUGGCAAGACAUGCACGCUACAGGAACUCACCCCUAACCGCCACCUGAGAGUCUGUUAUGAUGUCAUUUCCUGUAUGAUUAUGCUCCUCUCCAAAAUUAUUAUUUGAGAUACAGGCCAUUGUCUUAAUCUCAUAUAUUACCAAAAGUAUUAUGUCUGUUAAAUUUGUGCAGAGCGGCUUGGAAAAUCUCUGAUCACCAAAACGGCUCAAGGCAAAAAAUAAAGAUAAAUUAAAUAAAUUUCAAGACACAGAGUACUUAUUCUGAAGCCAUGUUUGUGUAAGCAAAUGAGAACUAAAAACAGGCCAAAAAGCAGAAGUAAAAAGCUGUGCUCUGCUUCAACUGCAAAAGCUUCAUCUUCCCGAGUGAAGCAGCCUGUUGCAAAGCAUUGACUGCGCUGUUGACUGUCAUUUCCGAGGGUCGACCAGACAGAGCGCCGCUAUUUCUGCGCAGACAGCUACUUCCAGGAAGUGGUGCGGUCGUAAAUUUUUAAAUCCAGUUAGAACUGAUACUCAUAUCAGAUAGGGCCUGAGAAAGACUGGCGGGUUUGAGUCGACGGCGCUGGGAAGGGCGUCACGUCGGAAACUUCCCCUUAUCGCAGAAGGCUUUCUCCCCAUCGCCGGCGGAUUAAGGGGCAAGAAGGCACAGCGGGCCAAG